AAAAAAAAUUAUUAGAUGAACCAACAUUUAUUAAAAAAAUAUUCUUAAUUUAUUGUAACUUUUAUUAAAAAAUAAUUAGAUAAACCAACAUAUUUCUCUAAUGAUUAUAAAAACUAUUUUAGUGAUGACACGUGGGUACAAAAAAAAAUUAUAAUGUUUCUCAAUUAAUAUUUAGGGGAUUAUUUAGUUUAAAUUUUUAUUUCAUAAAAAUAGUCUAUGUACGAGUUUAUAUGAUCGGGUUGUAAUUCUAAAUCCUCUAUACCCGAUUAACUUAACAACUCUACAUAUAUUUUUGCUUCAAUUUCAUUAGGAGAAACAUAAAUGUCUAGUUAUAUGAGGUCGUAGGUCAAAUCGAAUUGAUGUUAAUGUCGUGUUUCAGGAAAUUCACCUAUGUUGAGAAUAUUAUCUUCUAAACGGCCAGUUGGACGGCAUAUAUUUGCAACGAUAAAGAUUGUAUUUACACGUUAUCGUAGUUCACAUUCUAUAUCCGCGGGAAGCAGACAUUAUUACUAGACAUUUUAAAUAAGUGUCUCCAUUUGACACGAAAUCAAACAAAAAUAUAGUUACUAUUUAAAAAGUGACUCAUUCGUCUACGUACAAUAAUGAAUAUAUAAAAUAAAGUCCUCGUUUUUAGCGAGAGAAUAAAGAAUUAAACUAAUAAAAGUUUUUUUUUGUUAACAUAUAUGUCCAUAUAAAUAUGAGAAAUGUUUGCAAAUGUUACAUAAUUGUUAGCUAGCUUGGGUUCUUUGACAAAAAUAAUAUUACUAUACACUACUACUACUUAUAACGUAUAAAUAUAAAGGGGGAGAGCGAGAUAGAGAAAUAGAGCGCAAGAUAGAAAGAGAGAGAGAGAUAGAAGAUGGGGAAUGUAGAGGAGUACAAGCCGGUGAUUGCCAUGUUGGGGCUGCAACUGUGUUAUGCAGGAGUGAUUCUUACCUCUGAAGCUACUUUGGUUAAUGGAACAAGCCCUCGGGUUUUUAUCUUAUAUAGGCAAGCCUUUGCAACCAUUUUCAUCUUCCCAUUUAUCCUCUUCACAAGGGGAAGAUCGAAGUUAUCAAAUUUGGAUCUAAGAAGCUUUUCUUUAAUAUUCAUGGCCUCGCUUGUAGGCAUUACCCUGUAUCAAAAUCUGUAUUUUGAAGGUAUCUACUUAGCUUCAUCGUCGAUGGGAAGUGCCAUGGGUAACAUCAUCCCUGCAUUCACCUUCCUAAUCUCAUUUCUCGCCGGAUACGAGAAGGUGAAUUUCCGGAAUACCAGAGGCUUAGCGAAGAUAUUAGGGACGGUCAUAUGUGUAGUAGGAGCCGUAUCCAUGACUCUGAUUCGUGGACCAAAGAUUCUCAACUCGGAAUUUUCUUUACCGAUAGCGAAAUCGUUACUAGGAGAUAUUAAGGACCAGAACUUAUGGCUGUUUGGUUGUUUGUUGGUGUUCGUUAGCACUCUUUGCUGGUCUUUUUCGCUCAUAAUUCAGGUUCCAAUAUCUGCCUAUUACCCAGACCACCUCUCUUUAUCAGCGUGGAUGUGUUUAUUCAGCACGAUACAAUGUGCAAUCGUCACUUUCUUCCUCGAGAAAGACCCAAACGCUUGGAUUCUCCAUUCUUACUCCGAGUUAGCGACGUGUCUCUACGCUGGAGUUGUAACGUCAGCGCUUUCUACUACGGUCCAAGCUUGGGUUAUAUCUAAAAGAGGCCCUUUGUUCUCAGCAAUGUUUAAUCCUCUCUGUACAGUCAUUGUCACAAUCUUGGCUUCUAUGUUCCUUCAAGAAGAGAUGUUCACCGGAGGUUUAAUCGGAGGAUUAUUUGUGAUCAUGGGACUUUACAUGGUGCUCUGGGGUAAAGCAAAAGAUGUUGAUGUCAUGAUAAUUCAAGAACAGAUAGACAAUAAUAAGAACUCAGAAGUGAAGAUUCAAAUCGAAGAUUCCUCAGACACUGAAAAGUGUAACAAUGAUCUGAAGAAACCCCUUCUGUCCUAACACAAAUUAUCAGAAGAAAUCCAAACACAGCAACAGUUAAAGAAUUCAAGAUCUCUUUCUUCUUGUGUUUCUUAUUUUUUGAAAUAUAUUUGUUGUAAUAAAUGUAAAUUGUGUUAUGAAUAAAUAAUCUAGCUUCAAUAAUAACGAACUUUAAUGUCAUGUACUUAAAAAAAAUGUGAUCCAUCUCGUCCUAACGAUAAGCAUUGGACUAACUCGUGAGCAUUAUCCCAAGACCACUUGUAGAAAGAGCUGUCAUGUUAAAGAAAAUGUGAUCUCAUCGUCGCAGACCUACUUAACUGACACGACGCAACGUGGAUAAUAGAUCGAGGGCGGAGGAUACGUUUUGCUGGCAGAAAACAAAAGAUGGAAUCUAUAGUGUCAGUCAAAACGGGAUAUUACUCUUUUCUGGAGGAUAGGGGCCGUAACAAUGCUGUGAGAACACACCCGGAAGAAUUCAAAUGGAAACAACAUGAAAGUUCUGAUGGAUACCAAUAAACAGUUAACAAGAGCAGUACCAAAAAAAAAAAUCAAACUUGUAUAUUAAGAAUCACUUAAACAAUCUUCCUAGAUCUGUUUAAUCUGAUUUACUCAACAUGACACUUGACUAGAGACGGACCAAUUCUUAAUCUAGCCAAGCCACGUGAUCGAGACACUCUCACCACUAGCCUACUCAAGAUUGCAGUUAAGAACACUUUCUUAAACUCGAUGUAUAACCCUUAAAAAGCACACCUUAGUCGAAAUUCCUAACCACACAUAUAUACUCUAGCUAACUGACAUAUAUUGUGAUAGACUCAAAUCUACUCCAAUCUUCUUGUUCGCCAACUGGCCAAAUCUCCUAGAAUCUUGGAUAGAUAUCUUCGACUAACAAUUCUCAAUUGUUUCCUUCAUAAUGUAUGACACAGCCCACGGCCUGUGUAAGUCAUCUGAACUCCGCUUGUGUAACACAGCCCAUGGCCUGUGUAGAUCAUGUUGGGAUCAGAUAAGCAAAUCACGCUAGCUCUGAACCCACACUGUUGGGGAAAUAAGAAACGGACACGGCGCAGCGGAACUUAGCGGUCGUGUUUCCCCUGACCUUGUGAGAACCUGAGAGGAGAAUACUUCGACAGUUGCAGGAUUUGAUAUAAGCAAUAAUAAAAUGAGACAAGCAAUUUUAACGUGGAAAACCUCCUCGAUGUGAGAAGGAAAAACCACGGGACCGUAGUCCACUCAACAAUCCACUAUAUAAAUGUAUGUGAGUACAACCA